AUGAGGUACGACGGAACUCAAGAUCCUCUAGAACACCUCACGGCCUUUGAGGCCAGGAUGAAUCUAGAAGGAGUAGGAGACGAAGUAAGGUGCCGCGCCUUCCCGGUAACCCUAGCAGGACCAGCGAUCAGAUGGUUUAACGGCCUCCCUCAAGGUUCCAUCUACAACUUCUCAGACAUCAGCCGUGCAUUCCUGGCCCAAUUUACAACGCGAAUAGCAAAGGCCAAGCAUCCUAUCAACCUUCUAGGGGUAACCCAGAGACAAGGAGAACCAACCAGGAGAUACCUAGAUCGGUUCAACGAUGAAUGCUUGGAAAUCGACGGCUUAACCGAUUCGGUGGCCAGUCUCUGCCUGACAAACGGCCUCCUCAACGAGAACUUCCGAAAACACCUCACCACGAAGCCGGUUUGGACAAUGCACGAAAUCCAGACGGUGGCCAAGGAGUACAUAAACGACGAGGAAGUCAGCCGAGUCGUGGCUGCCAAUAAGCGGCAGUCCGGUUACGGCCAGGCUCGGCAGUCCGGUGGCGACGGUGAGAGAGCAAGAGAAAAGGGCAGGGAGGAGGCAUCAAACAAAGCACCUAGGUCGUUCCCUCGAGUCGGAAAAUUUACUAACUACACUCCACUCACCCUCCCCAUCGUGGAAGUUUAUCAACAAAUAGCUGAGAAAGGAAUUCUUCCGAAGCCUCGACCACUUAAGGACCGUACGGGAGGGAACAAGAACCUUUAUUGCGAUUACCAUAAGGGAUACGGCCAUCAAACACAAGACUGUUUCGACCUGAAGGAUGCACUAGAACAGGCGAUAAGGGAAGGAAAGCUAGCAGCGUUCUCCCAUCUCAUCAGGGAGCCGAGAAGGCGUUAUCGGGAUCAGGACGAGGAAGGCAAGACACGCUCGGCCAAGCGACGACAGGAACCCGAAGACAGAGACCAUGGCCUCACUGUGAUAAACGUGGUAACGGCAAAAAAUGCUGCACCAAAAUCUCGGUCGGCACACAAGAAAGACGCCAAGGUUCUGGCGAUCUCAUCCUCGCCAGUGCAAAGCUCCAAAAAACCUCCGUCCAUUUCUUUCGGCCCGGAAGACCAAUGGUUCAGCGACGCCCCGGAAAACCCCCCCAUGGUCAUAACGGCCAGAGUGGGAACCGGCCUCGUCAAACGGAUCCUUGUCGACACAGGAGCUGAUUCGAACAUCAUGUUCCGCAACGUAUUCGACGCACUAGGGCUAAAGGAUGCCGACCUGACGACUCACCAGCACGGGGUUAUCGGGUUAGGCGACCACUUUAUCAGACCGGACGGAGUCAUUUCCCUACCAAUCUCGGUGGGACAGAUGCAAGGCCGAAGAUCGGCGAUGGCCGAGUUCGUAAUCCUCCGAGACUCCACAGCCUACAACAUCAUCUUGGGAAGAAAAACAAUCAAUGAUCUUGAAGCCAUAAUCAACACCAAGCUGCUAAUUAUGAAGUUCGUUACCGAUGAGGGAUCCAUAGGGACCAUAAGAGGAGACCUCGAGACGGCGGUCGCUUGUGACAACGCCAGCCUUUCCCUUAGAAAGAAGUCCAAGGAAGGAUCCGGCGUGUUCCUAGCCGACCUUGAUGCCAGAGUAGAGGACAAGCCCAGGCCGGAACCAGAAGGGGACCUGGAGAAGUUUAGAAUCGGUGACGAAGGGGAAAAAUUCACAUUCGUCAACAAGAACCUCCCGCAUGAGUUGAAGGAGCCUUUGAUUGAAAUGAUAAGGGCCAACAGGGACUUGUUCGCCUGGACGCCAGCCGACAUGCCGGGCAUAGAUCCAAAAAUCAUCUCACACCAUCUAGCCGUCAAGCCGGAAGCACGCCCAGUGGCUCAACGGAGGAGAAAAAUGUCGGCGGAAAGAGCAGAGGAGGUAGCCAAGCAGACGGCCGGCCUCCUAGAAGCAGGCUUCAUACGGGAAGUAGACUACUCGACGUGGCUCUCAAAUGUGACGCACUCGUCGACGCCGCGGCGGGAUACCGGUAUCUGA